AAGAUACCAUGCAGUGCUCUUCAGGAGAAAACUUAAUUACCUGUAAUGUACAUCCAGAACUUCACAGUGCAUCAAAUAAUUCCCCCAAGAAUGAGGAACUUUCUAAUGACCAAUCACAGAUUAUUACCCCAAGUCCAAAUCUUUCAUAUAAUCAUCCUAAACAUGAGGAAUCUUCUCCUGACCAAUCACAGAUUAUUACCCCAAAUAUUGGGCAGAAACGGGGUAAAAGUUCUACAGGAGAGAAGCCGCAUUCAUGUUCAGAAUGUGGGAAAUGCUUUAACCGGAAAGCAUUACUUGUACAACAUCAAAGAAUUCACAGAGGAGAGAAGCCAUAUUCAUGUUCAGAAUGUGGGAAAUGCUUUAAGGCUAAAUCAAAACUUGAUCAACAUAAAAGAAUUCACACAGGACAGAAGCCAUAUUCAUGUUCAGGGUGUGGUAAAUGCUUUAUCCAGAAAUCACACCUUGAUGGACAUAAAAGAAUUCACACAGGAGAGAAGCCGUAUUCAUGUUCAGAAUGUGGGAAAUGCUUUAUCCAUAAGACAAGUCUUGAUCUACAUAAGAAAAUUCACAUAGGAGAGAAGCCAUAUUCAUGUUCAGAGUGUGGUAAAUGUUUUACAUAUAAGUCAUAUCUGGUUGGACAUCAGAGAAUUCACACAGGAGAGAAGCCAUAUUCAUGUUCAGAAUGUGGGAAAUGCUUUAUUCAGAAAUCAAGCCUUAAUGUACAUAGAAGAAUUCACACAGGAGAGAAGCCAUAUUCAUGUUCAGAGUGUGGUAAAUGUUUUAUAGAUAAAUUGCGUCUGGUUCGACAUCAGAGAAUUCACACAGGAGAGAAGUCAUAUUCAUGUUCAUAAUGUGGGAAAUGCUUUGUCACAAAAUCAAAUUUUAAUCAACAUAAGAGAAUCCACACAUUAGAGAAGACAUGUUGAUGUUUUGUUUAAGAAUAAUGUUUUAUAAAGAAAUUAGUCUUUCAAACUUGCAGACUUGUGUGUUUAUUUUACCUCAUUGUGCCAAUAUUCUAUGUGAGUGAGCAACAGAACU